AUGUCGGACUCAAAUCGUGGUCGUGGCCGAGGCCGCGGUGACGGAGGCUUCCGUGGUGAUCGUGGCGGUAAUCGUGGUCGAGGAGGUGGUGACCGUGGAGGUGACCGUGGUCGAGGAGGUAGCUCCUCCCGUGGCGACCGAGGUGGCUUCCGUGGUGAUCGUGGUGGUGGUUUUCGUGGCGAUCGAGGCGGCCGAGGCGGUGGUGGAUUCCGGGGCGGCCGAGGCGGAUUUCAAGACGCAGGCCCAUCAGUCUACAAGCCAGCAGGUGGUGUCCCGGUCCCGGACAAAUCCGUCACAGCACUGGAAGACAAAUGGGCUCAGAGCGCGAAUAGUAUUAGCAUUACUGAGCUCACAGAGCGAGCGGGAAAGCUGGGCAUCACCUCUUCAACGCUUGACGCGACACAGGCUACGGCCAUUCUUCCGCAGCGGCCUGCAUACGGCACGACUGGCACACCAGUGAUUCUUUGGGCAAACUACUUUAGCAUGACCGUCAAGUCGCAAACUCUUUUUAAAUACGCCUUAAAGGUCAAACGGUCCGGAUCUGACGAAGAUAUUGUCGGCAAGUUGCUGCGAGUUAUCGUUCGCAAGGCCCUGGACCAAGUUGCGGUCCAGAAUCCGAAAAACAAGAUCGUAUCCGAGUUUAAAGCCAAGGUUGUGUCGCAGGGAAAACUCACUCUUCCACCCGGCGGCGGUCCUGUAUUGGUCGAGCAUACAGGCAGAAAACGAGCUGAGGAGUACCAAGUCACAUUCAGUCCACCCGAGGACAUCGACGUGGCCAAACUAGUCGAGUGGCUGAAAACCAUGAACGACAGGUUGGACGAUAUUGUACCGACUUUUCCCAAAUUCGCGUCUACUAUUGAUGCCAUCGGUAUCAUCAUGGGCCAUUACGCUCGCACUUCGAACGGGGUGGUGCCCCUUGGUGCCUCAAGCGCGAGGUUCUUCCCUUCGGAGGCUAAUAGACUAAGGGAGUUUGCUCAACUGUCGGCAAUGAAGAACCUUGUGCGGGGUUAUUUCUCGAGUGCCCGCCCGGCCACUGGGCGUCUCCUUUUGAACGUCAACGUUACACAUGCAGUCUUCCAGCGCUCCGGAAAUGCCAUGGAACUGAUCAAGGCGCUCUUGAACGAGUGCCGAGUUAGGGAUCUCAGGUCUCCUGCUCUCCGAGCGGCAUCAAGGAAGAUUGCCAAGUUGAAGAUCGAAGUAACCCUAUUCGAUGCGAAAGGAAAGGAGUGCGGAGUCUCAGAACGGUCGAUUUUGGAGCUAUCUCGGACGACUGCCAGUACUACCAUGUUCAAACUCGAGAAGCCUAAGGAUGCUCCCGCAGAGACAUGGGCAGAUGGCUCGGCGAUCCAGUACGGUGGCAACAUCAGUGUUGCGGAAUACUACCGCAAAAAGUUCAAGCAGACGGUGGAUGAUCGUUUACCGCUAAUUGUCACCGGGGGCCGCAAACGGAAGCUUUAUUUCCCCUCCGAAUUCUGCCGCAUCCUACCUGACCAGUGUAGCAAUGGCAAGCUCUCAGCUGGCGAAGCUUCUGCCAUGAUCAAUUUUGCGUGCCGACCUCCAGCACGAAAUGCGGAAUCGAUAGUCAAGGUUGGCGCCGAGACCCUCGGAAUCUCAGGGGCUGUCAACGAGAUUCUGAAAGCCUUUGGAAUCACUGUCGACGCCAACUUGAUCACGGUUCAAGGCCGGGUUUUAACAGCUCCUACGCUUGCGUAUCUUAAUAAGACCAACAAAAGCCAAACUGUUACCGUUCGAGAUGGAUCCUGGAAUCUGCGUGACCUCAAGGUCGUUAAAGGGGGUACAGUUACUUCCUGGGGCUGUCUCACCAUUGUUGACCCGAACGACCAAUAUGGCAAAGUCAGCUUCAACGACGUUCAGGUUACCAUGUCGGCCUUUGUCCAGUUUUUGAACCAGAAUAUGGGUAUCCGGAUCCCUGGACUCACCAAUACUGCCGCUCAACUGAAAACCUGUCAGUUCCAGGAGGGUGACGAGUACAAAACCAUUAAGCAAGGAUUUGACCAGUUGAGGGCCCUUAAACCUAUGAUGGUGUUUGUAAUCCUGCCAGAUUCGAAGGAUCCCGCUGUGUACAGUGCAGUAAAGCGCAUUGCCGACAUCGACUUGGGUGUUCACACAGUCUGUAUGGUUCGCAAGAACCUCUUUAAAAACGGACCAGGUCAAAAUCCCCAAUACUACGCCAACGUCGGUCUCAAGGUGAACCUUAAGGGUGGCGGGAUCAAUCAUAAACUCAGCCAAGACAUCCCGGUGAGCAAAGGGGGCAAGGCUAUGUUUGUUGGCUGGGACGUAAUCCACCCUACAAACCUCGGUGUCGAUAAAGACUCUGGUCUUCCCAGUGUCGUCGGCCUCGUUUCGAGCAUCGACGAGCAUCUUGCCCAGUGGCCGGCUGUGGCUUGGGCCCAAAAGGGUGGUCAGGAGAUGGCAGACAACCGUCUUGAGGAGCGGUUCAGUUCGCGCCUUGUUCUUUGGCAAAAGCACAACCAGGGUCGACUGCCGGAACGAAUCAUCAUCUUCCGCGACGGAGUCUCCGAAGGCCAGUUUGCGACGGUAGAAAACACCGAACUUCCGCUUGUCCGCAAGGCGUGUGCCAAGGUUUACGGCAACAAGCCGAAGCCCAAGAUCACCAUCGUGGUUUCCGUAAAGCGGCAUCAAACCCGCUUCUACCCCACCGACGAGAAAGACAUGUCCCGUUCGAUGAACAACAAGUCCGGCACCGUCGUCGACCGCGGUGUCACCGUCGCUCGGUACUGGGACUUUUUCCUGCAGUCGCACGACGCGCUGAAGGGAACCGCCAGGCCUGCUCGGUACACCGUGAUCCACAACGAGAUCUUCCCUACCGUCAAGGGCGCCAACGCGGCCGACGAGCUCGAGAGGCUGACGCACAGCCUGUCAUUCCUGUUCGGUCGCGCCACCAAGGCCGUGUCGAUUUGUCCUCCAGCCUACUAUGCCGACAUUGUCUGCACACGCCACCGGGCACACCUCGGUGAGCUCUUCGACUCGGUCAUCUCGGGUGGUAGCGUCGUCAGCGGCCAGACGGGCACCAGCGCCUCAAGCAACAACGAGCAGCAGAUCCUGGCCAGGGCGGAUGCGCUGAAUGUUCACCGGAACCUGGUCGACAGCAUGUACUGGAUUUGAAGGAGGUCGGACUGGGGUAUUUGUGGUCAUUGAAAAAAAAAACCUCGGAAACUGGUUUUAUAAUAAAUAUAUGAGAAAAGGGUUAUAGUCUUGGUCGCUACAAAGGACUGGGGGCUAAGUGCUUUUUUGAGCGAGACUGCUACGAUUUCAUAUUUCAUUAUCUUUUGGUUGUCUUCUUAAUUUAACACGGGCGGGCUGAACUUUCCAUUGUACGGCAGGAUGUUUAUUUGUCUAGUGUCCUGUACUGAAUUGCUUAUUUACACUAAAAAAAAAAAAGAAAGAAAGAAAAAAAUGAACAAGAAG